CUCUUCACCGAAGGUAUAUAAAUUCAAUAGGCACAUCAUCGAUCCAGUAGUUUUUCCGAUUAGACAAUCAAACGUCGAAUUGAAAUAAAAAUGGCAGCUUACUAUUGGGUCGAUACCGUGUCCAGGGGGGGAGUGCCGCACUCCGCCCUCCACGGAGGCACCGACGUUGACGGUGCCCCAAUUUACGUCGGACGCGCCUUCCACGAAGGCGACUGGAUUCCUGCCAAAGUUAUUCCUGACAAGCGAGUCGCCUACAUCGCUUACGGCGGUCAGGAAAUCCCCGUACACAAAUACCAGGUGCUUUGCGAGCAAACUUUUGACUGGGUUCCCGCCGGUGACGGACACAUACCUCAAGACGCGGUAGUUGGUGGCAGAACUUCCGACGGAGAAAAUCUCUACAUCGGUAGAGUUCAUCAUGAAGGCGCGAACACAGUAGGAAAGGUGCAUCCCAGCCACGGCAGCUGCUACAUCCCGUUCGGCGGACAGGAACUGGGCUUCAAGGACUACGAAAUUCUCGUGCUCAAACAUUAACGCCCUGCUCGAUUGCAGAAUUUUUAUUGCUAUCUAAUAUAUGAAUUGUACAUUUUUAUACACAAUUUCCAGUGCUUUUUAGUAAAAUAUUUUGAAUU